CAUCAAGAACCCAAAAACCCUUCGUGCUCCGAAGGCUGCUUUCGUUUCGGUCUCCGAGCGCGCGCGCUCUCUCUCUCUCUCUCUCUCUUUCUCUCUCGCUCGUCAUUGGCGAAUCCGAGAGAGAAGAGCAAUCGCGAAACCCUAACCCUAGCCAUGGCUAUUUGCCUCAGGCGAGCUCUAUCCUCGAGGAGCCUCCUCUUCCUUCGGGCUUCUCACCAUUUCAGCAACAUCUCGCCCUUCUCCCACCUCGUUUCCAGCCAAUCGGCGAGGGCGGCUUCUUUUCUUGGAUUCCGUAGUGGUUUCGACCGUUUAGGCUCCGAUUUCUUAUUCGGAAAUUGGAGAGGUUUCGCCAAAGGGAGGAAAUCGAAGAAUGAGGAUGAUGGUGAUACUGUUCAAGUUGUUCCUGACAUUGGACCAACUGUGAAGUCAACUGCUAGUUCACAAAUGGAGGCAGCAAUUGCUGCUUUAGCACGAGAAUUAAGUAAACUCCGGACUGGAAGGGCAUCUGCAGGGAUGCUUGAUCAUAUCGUUGUCGAGACUGAUGGUGCAAAGAUACCACUGAAUCAUGUUGCUGUUGUUUCUGUCAUAGAUGCUCAGACCCUCUCAGUGACACCUUAUGAUCCUAAUGCAAUAAAGGCGGUAGAGCAUGCUAUAAUUUCAUCUCCAUUGGGUUUAAAUCCAACUCCUGAUGGCCAACGAAUAAUUGCAGCAAUCCCACCAUUGACCAAGGAGAACAUGCAGGCUUUGUGUAAGGUGGUCGCUAAAUCUGCUGAAGAUGUUAAGCAGAGUAUCAGAAGAGCACGACAAAAGGCAUUGGAUUCAAUAAAGAAAGCAGCUUCAAAUAUUCCCAAAGAUGAUGCAAAGAGACUUGAAAAGGAAGUGGGUCGAAGAUAUGACAAAACGUUUUGUCAAGUCAGCGGAUGAUAUGUGCAAGGCAAAGGAGAAAGAGAUCACUGGGAAUUGAACUCCAUUAUAAAUAUUUUCUCAUUCAUUUGGAAGUAUAUCUUGGUGAUGAGACUUACCUUGCAACAUUGCAGAAUAGAGGCAUUAAAACUAGGAGGGUAAUAGGUCAUUCUUAUUGAGAUAAAGGUUAAAUUAUGAUGUUCAUUGGAAGAUAGAAACUCAGUAGUUCCCAGCUCUGUUGCAGUUUUGAAAUUGUAACUGGUAAAGUUUUUCCAUGAAGCAAAGCUUGCCUAGUGUUUCUCGUUAGCAUGCUUGUGUUGAAUUUUAGCUUGUGAGGCAGUUAUCUAUUGAUUACUCUUGGAUUUAAGCAUGUCAUUAAUCAUGUCACUUGAUGGCUGGGCAUGGUUCCUAUGCCCACACGGCAGGGAAAAACAAAGCCUGAAGUCUUUUCAUGAGAUUGGAAUUGAAUUUAUUUCUCUGAAA